CAAAAGUUGGAAAACGCACCUUUGACUUUCGAUUAUUUUUUAUAUCGAAAUGGAAAUCAAAUACUACUCUCUGUGCAUUAUUUAUUCAUUUGCGAUAAAUCAAGUACAAGUAUUAUGUGCUGAUAUAAACAAAAAUGAAAGUUCCAUGCUACAUACUGGAACGGACGUAACACCUUGUAAAUCUGGACAGGUUUUAAACGGGUCAGAUUGUAUAAAUAUUACUGAAUGUAGAUUUCCGGUUCUGUCAAAUAGACGAUGUAUGCAGCGAAGUCCUGUUGGCUACAUCUAUUUUACGAUGAAUGAUGACUUUGAUGACUACCAAGGUUACCAUUAUACAUUAGCAGAUAUUGAUCAAAAUCCGUGUUACAAUAAAAAUACGUUUUAUGUUCUCAUAGGUUUGAUUGCUAUCUUGAAUUGUGUUUACAUUGUGUUCGUAAAGAUGUUUCUAUCAACAAACAAGUAUUCUUUGGAAAAAUUGAAAACCUUCGUCUGCUGUAAAACACAAACUGGAGAACGUGAAAGACUGCUAAAUAUCAAUACAGAUGAUGAUACACCGAAUUAUAAUAGUUUACCGUAAAGGGUAUAAAGCUACAUUAUUUGUAUAUUAGACUGUCACUAAUUUGCAACAUAUUUUGUUUGUAUCUUGAUAAAAAGAUCCCAAAGUGUUUAAACUGAAAGAAAUUCUACUUGUAAAUUUCUGAAUGGGUAUUAGAAAAUGCAUGUUAAACCUAUUUAAAAAAUCACAGCGGGAUCUUUUAUUAUGUUCUUUUUUAUAAUUUAUGUGUUUAUAAUAGCAUAGUGAACACUUUUUUGUGUUAACUCAUUUCAGAUAUGAUUGAAAGAAUAUGAAAACCACCUGAUUAUAUUUGUUUUUUAUAUUUUUCAAUUUAAAAUGUAAACAGUAACGCUAUGCGAAACAUGGAACUUUAUUAAAUUCUUUAGAAAUGUUAAACAUGGGUUAAAUAAUGCUUCAAUAGUUAUGUUUUUAAUAAUGGGUGUCUGUGUUAGUUUUAAGUUUUUGACUGUGUUAAUUUUGUAAAUUAUUUUUACUUUUUAAAUAUUUUAGAUGUUUAACAGCUGAAAACAGUAACGUUAAAUGUGCAGUAAUUAGUCGUAAAUAUAGCAAAAUACUAAUUCACCAUGACUUAUAGCUAAAUACUAAUUCACUAUGACUAUAUACAAUUGCUCAGAGAGAAAAAGAAGCAAAGAUUAUGAAUUUAUAAAUUAUGGCAAAUAGAUAUUUUUUCGAAACUGUAACAAGAAAUCAAAAAAGAAAGUUUUUUGAGAAAUAAAACUGAUAGCAUUUCUGGGACAUAAUGGGCCUGUUAUAAGCUUAACCCAUUACUUCAUGAGCAUUUUGUGAAAAAUGGCUGUUUUCAUUGAAAAGUCUCCCGUUACAAGUUCAAAUUGCUAUAAAACUAUAAAAAGUGCUUCAACAGUAACCAGACUUGGCACAAAUGUUGACUGGACUAUUGCCCUUGCAGCAACAUGCUCAGGCUUAAAUUUUCUGUUACCAUGGCAACGAGGGGACAUCUUAAAAUUGCCAAAAAUCAAUAUUUUGCGUUGACUUUUUCCAUCAAAAUUGGUUUCAAAGUGCUGCAAUUUCUCAAUGGAUUGAGAUAGAGUCAAAUGCUUUUCAGCGUUGCUUACACGUUAUCUUAUGAUCAAUCUGGGGUCAUUUAUAGCCUCUCAAAAGUCCAAAAUUUUCUUGGCGAUGAGGGGGACUCAGCCCCCCUUCAAACCCCUCAAACAGAAGACGGCACAUCCCCCUUCUGGCAACCCCCUGAUGUAUCUUUUGGUUGGGGCCGCGCCGAAAAAGAGGUCACUUUUUUAACAACAUUUCUCAAACAAAAACAAGUGUUGGGGGCCUAAAUAAGCCAUUUUUUGCCCAUUUGAGACAACAAAAAGGUGGGGGGGGGGAGAAAAAGGCGUUGAAAGGCGUGUAUAUAACGUAAUUGGUUAAGACAGUGAUGAUAAUAUUAUGUAUGUUAUGCUUUGUUAUGUGAUAUAUAUGCUGGUUAUAUAGCGUGUUAAAUAACUCAAUAAACUACUUGUACAGACGACAUUUUCACGUUGUAUUUUCUUCUUCUGUCAAAGCCGUUAGAACCUUUAUUUCUUUGGGAAGACGAAAAUAACAAUAAAUAUGUGAAAGUACACAAAUUCAAUUAUCUACUACAACAGGGCUUAGCCUAAUGACAAUGUUAUUUUGUUUAAAAAAAACUACUAUUAGUUUAUCAAAAACUUAUUAAGCCACACAUCCCCCUUCUGGCAACCCCCUGAUGUAUCUUUUGGUUGGGGGCCGCGCCGAAAAAGAGGUCACUUUUUUAACAACAUUUCUCAAACAAAAACAAGUGUUGGGGGCCUAAAUAAGCCAUUUUUUGCCCAUUUGAGACAACAAAAAGGUGGGGGGGGAGAAAAAGGCGUUGAAAGGCGUGUAUAUAACGUAAUGGGUUAAGACAGUGAUGAUAAUAUUAUGUAUGUUAUGCUUUGUUAUGUGAUAUAUAUGCUGGUUAUAUAGCUGGUUAAAUAACUCAAUAAACUACUUGUACAGACGA